AUGUACACUGAUCAUCAGGGCGCUGAUGAUCAGGGUAGCCCCAUCAAUGCCACCUGUCAGUGUCCAUCAAUGCCAGCUGUCAGUGCUCAUCAAUGCCACCUGCUAGUGCCCAUCAAUGCCACAUAUCAGUGCCCAUCUGAGCUGCCUUUCAGUGCCACUUAUCAAUGCCAGUCAGUGCAACCUAUCAGUGCUGCCAGUCAGUUCCGCCUAUCAGUGUGCAGUGCCACCUAACAGUGCCAGUCAGUGCCGCCUAUCAGUGCCAUAUGAGUGCUGCCUAUCCGUGCCCAUCAGUUGCACCUACCAGUGCCUCCUCAUCAAUGCAGCCUAUCAGUUCCCAUCAGUGCAGCCUCAUUAGCGCACAUCAGUGAAGGAGAAAAAACACUUAUUUACAACAUUUUAUAA